UCUCUCUCUCUCUCUGUCUCCCAAGAUUCAAUUCGAUUUCUGAGCUCUCUUUACGGUCCCACACACCUUUUCAACAUUUUCCUUUUUGUAUUUUCUCGAGAAAAAUUUCUCUCUCCUCCCAAAACCCCUACUACCACCCUCCGCUCCUCUCUCUCUCACAACGGCUUUAAUUUGAAUUGAAAUUCUCUCAUAGACGCGCACUUCUCUCUCUCCUUUUCUACCUUGUAUUAAUUACAUUACACAGUACAGUACCUCACCACCACACCACUGCACAUUUCUUCAAUACAUCUCUCUCCCUCUAUCUUAGGGUUUUCGUUCUCGCUUCGCGUUUCGCAAUGUCCUUUUGAGUUUUUCGGGUUCUGGACUCUGGAGUUCCUGUCCACUUCAUACCUUGUCGAAAGAAGGCAGGAAAUUAAAGUGCAAAACUAAAUUUGUUGAUUUUGCUUCUAGAGUUAGCCACUGUAAUACCUGGAUGGCAUCUGGAAAUCCAUUUUUUGAUGAAAUGCGGAGCAAACCUGAGGUCAUUGAUCCUCCUCAAAGUGAAGACAUGUUGGAUGUUGGUGAACAUGUGAAUGACCCAGCUGCUAUUUCUCUAAAACCUAAUUUAACUGUUUCUAGCAGUGUUCGUGAGCUAUUAGAGUGUCCUGUGUGCUUAAAUGCCAUGUACCCUCCUAUCCAUCAGUGUUCAAAUGGUCACACGUUGUGCUCUGGUUGCAAGCCCAGAGUGCACAACCGGUGCCCCACAUGCAGACAUGAACUUGGCAAUAUUAGAUGUCUUGCAUUGGAGAAGGUGGCUGCAUCUCUGGAACUUCCUUGUAAAUAUCAGAGUUUUGGGUGCUUGGGCAUAUACCCUUAUUACAGCAAACUUAAACAUGAAUCUCAAUGUGUCUAUAGACCCUAUAACUGUCCCUAUGCUGGAUCAGAAUGCACAGUCAUUGGUGAUAUACCCUAUCUGGUGGCCCACCUGAAAGAUGAUCACAAAGUUGACAUGCACAAUGGCAGCACCUUCAACCAUCGCUAUGUCAAAUCAAAUCCACAAGAGGUUGAAAAUGCCACAUGGAUGCUGACGGUCUUCAGUUGCUUUGGCCAAUACUUUUGUCUGCAUUUUGAAGCUUUCCAGCUCGGGAUGGCUCCUGUCUACAUAGCAUUCUUGCGAUUUAUGGGCGAUGAUAAUGAGGCAAAGAACUACAGUUACAGCCUAGAGGUUGGUGGAAAUGGGAGGAAGAUGACUUGGCAGGGGGUACCUAGAAGCGUUAGGGAUAGCCAUAGGAAGGUGCGUGACAGUUUUGACGGUCUCAUCAUCCAACGCAACAUGGCUCUGUUCUUCUCUGGGGGAGACCGGAAGGAAUUGAAGCUUAGAGUGACAGGUAGGAUUUGGAAAGAGCAGUGAUAAAGAAUUUCUGCAUUUAUCUUCUUUCCCGUUCUAUUCAACCUUAUAGUAAGUAGUUCUGUCCUUUUGAGUUUUUGAGUCUUCUGUUCAUGUAUUUUUUGGAAUGUAGGACGCAAACUCUCUUUGCUUGUCCAUGCAUUGAAUGUACAUGAGCAGGAAGGCAUACCUGUUAUCUGUAAUUACGAUGAUUAUCUAUUUGUAGAUGAAUUAGUCUGCUGCUGGUAGUUUCUUCUU